AUGGCUUCGGCAAAAGAAGAUAAUAAACACCAAGGUGUUGGUAUAGUUGGUGCCGGUUUAGUUGGCUGCUUAACUGCUUUGGCUUUUGCUGCCAAAGGGUUUUCAGUCACAUUAUUUGAAUUACGCCCAGAUCCAAAAAAAGUUACGAAUGAAAAGAACCUUCGGUCUAUUAACCUAGCAGUUAGUGAUCGGGGUAUUAGGACAUUGAAAUAUGUCGACUCAGAAAUGGCCGAUAGAGUUUUGGAGCACGUCAUUCCUAUGACUGGCAGAAUGAUCCAUGACUUAUCCGGAACGAAGCAAGAAUCCCAGGCUUACGGUUUAUUUGGAGAGAGCAUCAACUCCAUAGAUAGAUCUUUCUUGAAUGACUACUUAUUGGAUGAAAUAAGGCACUCUGAUAUUAAUGUUCACUUUAAUCAUAAGUUAAUAAGGCUAGAUGACUUGUCUAGCGAGGAGAAGUCACCUAAAUUGACUUUUCUAGAUACCUCGGAAUCCAAUGAAUCUACAAUGAAAUCGUAUGAAUUUGACUACGUUAUUGGAGCUGAUGGAGCCCAUUCCCAAUUUAGAUACCAAUUACAAAAAUCGAUGAGAAUGAAUAUUUCUCAAGAGUACAUCGAUAUGCAAUAUUUAGAGCUUAGCAUACCUCCAAAUACGACGGGAGAUAGCAAGUUCCACAUAGACCCAAACCAUCUUCACAUUUGGCCAAGGCACGAAUUCAUGUUAAUAGCCUUAGCUAAUGAAGAUGGUUCCUUCACAUCUACGUUUUUCAGUCCUUGGUCCGUGAUCGAAUCGUUUGGGACGUCGUCAGAUAAGUUUAUAGACUUCUUCAAGUACAAUUUUCCUGAUGCCUUUAAGCUAAUGGGUGAAAAAAAGCUAAGAUAUGCGUUUGAAAAUCAACCAAGGGGUUCAUUAAUGCAAGUCAACGCAUACCCAUACCAUAAUCCUAAUGGCAGAGCAUUGAUUAUCGGUGAUGCAGCCCAUCUGAUGGUCCCAUUCUACGGGCAAGGUAUGAAUUGCGGAUUCGAAGACAUCCGGGUUUUAAUGGAGUUAAUCGAUAAAAAUAAUGGAGAAGUUUCCGAGUCGUUUAGACAAUACUCGGUUCUCAGAGCCGAAGACUUACAAACCAUCUCUAAAUUGGCAUUAGAUAACUACCAUGAAAUGUCUUCAAAAGUUACAAAUGUGUGGUACUUAUUUAGAAAAAAAAUUGACAAUAUGCUUGGUAGAUAUGGCAAUGGAUUAUUUCAAUGGAUUCCAAUGUAUACGAUGAUUUCAUUUAGAGGUGACAUACCUUAUUCAAAGGCGAUCAAGAUAGAAAAAAGACAAACAAAAAUUCUCAAUGCAAUUGAAGUCGGAACCUUAACGGGCUUCAUUUUGUUCGGAGCUGCCAAAUUGGCCCAACAUUACCAUAAAUUAUCGAAUAAAUAG